CACACAACUAAACAUUUGAGAUUUUUCUAUUUUCAAUUUUCGGCAACUUUUCGCAUUAUCGCAACUACAACACCACCCACGAUUUCCGACAUCAACCACAUUUGCGACUUCGACAAAACAUCGCAAACAUGGCCACGGAAUUAACUGUUCAGUCGGAGCGUGCUUUCCAGAAGCAGCCCCAUAUCUUCCAGAACUCAAAGGUCAAGGCCAAGUCCACGAGACCUGGCAAGGGUGGCCGCCGAUGGUUCAAGGAUGUUGGUCUGGGUUUCCGAACCCCCAAGACCGCGAUUGAGGGAAGCUACAUCGACAAGAAGUGCCCUUUCACCGGUCUCGUCUCUAUCCGUGGCCGUAUCUUGACCGGCACCGUUGUCUCUACCAAGAUGCACCGAACCAUCAUUAUCCGACGCGAGUACCUGAAGUUCGUCCCCAAGUACGCCCGAUACGAGAAGCGACACAAGAACUUGGCUGCACACGUCUCUCCGGCUUUCCGUGUUGAGGAGGGUGACCAGGUUACGGUUGGCCAGUGCCGACCUCUUAGCAAGACUGUCCGAUUCAACGUUCUUCGUGUGCUUCCCCGAACCGGCAAGGCGGUGAAGAAGUUCAGCAAGUUCUAAGUUGGGGAUCUUUCCUGGGCAUCGAUGGCGUUGUUACUUCAUGGUUCUUCAUGAUCUCAGAUUCGGAACGGGCGAUUCAUAGGCAUUCUGCUGGGGCACAAAGAUGCACCAUCAGCAGUUCUGAGAAAUAAAAACGGAUAUACCACAAAUUAUAUUAUCUCCCAGAGUUGUGAGCAUGACGUGGAAAGGCUUAUUUGUGGCGUGCAACUAUUUGGCUUGAUGAAAAAACAGGUGUAAGGCCUCUACUAAUGACAUGUUACGCUUCCAGGCUGUUUGACCACACAUACAAGUAGUCAAUCCGCUCUUAACCUGCUUGAUGCUCAGGCAUCUCAUACAAUUUUACAUCCGCCUACCUCCUUCUGGUCGACCGGGAUCUUUGGUCAAGCAACUUUUCAUGAUCGGAUAAGGGAUCUGACAGGCUAUGAUGCUUCCAUUAAAGAUUGUUUAAUAUGCCAAAUUCCUACGUCCAAGUCUGUUCCAAUGCACAUAGUCUACGCAGUGUCUCCUUUGCUCGCCUUUUGCGACUACUAACCAAGCAGCAGUAGCAUCAUUACAAAUAGUAUUUCUCACGUCUUGGCCUCGACGUGAAAGCUACUCUCAU